AUGGCCACAGGGACCCAGGCUCUGAACUUGAGGUUUCGGAAGGAUUGCAAUCAUCACCACAGGUGCUGUUGCAACAAAGAGCAGGACCUUUCUGAGGAGCUGCUGAACUGGAACGGUAUGCCCUCUGCGCUCUUGGAAGUCUCUAGAAAUCUGCAGCUCCCAAAUGUCAAGGUCGCUGAACCCUCCCAAUGCCGGGCCAGCCGGGAUGGGCCUCUCAAUUCGAGGGCUAUCUCUCCCUGGAGCUAUGAGUUGGACAGGGAUGAAAACCGGCUUCCCCAGGACUUGUAUCAUGCCCGCUGCCUGUGCCCUCAUUGCGUCAGCCUGAAUUCAGGCUACAACAUGGACCCCCGUGGGAACUCUGAGCUACUUUGGCACAACCAGACUGUCUUCUACCGGCGCCCGUGUCACAGUCAUGGCGAGCAGGCGGGAAGUGACUGUUAUUACCUGGAGCAGAAGGUCUACCCUGUCUCCUUUGCUUGCGUCUGCGUCCUGCCUCGGAUCAUGGCCUAG